AUGUCGGUUUUUGUCGGACCUUCACCCACUCCUUCCCUGUCCCAGCUGAGCCACUUAAGUUCAGUGCGAGGGCAAUCGCUUUGGCGGAAGGCACAGAAGACCUCGGCGCCCGAAGUGAAGGACCAAAGCUUUGUUCAGACUCUUCGGCGCCACGCAGUUCUUUUUUCGGCCCUGGCCUUCAGCGGGAAAGCUGGCAGGGCAACUGCCAAGACUACCGGGAAGAUCGCCUUAAUCACAGGAGCAUCAACGGGAAUAGGUAAGGCUACUGCAGCGGAACUGGCACGAUCAGGGCAGUAUGCAUACAUCUUCCUCGCUGGUCACAAUGAAGCAAAGACACGAAAAGCACUGGAAGACUUGAAAGGUGGACCAGCAAAACUGGAGUAUUUGCCUCUUGAGCUAGCCUCAUUACAAUCGGUGCGGCAGGCUGCCAAAUCAUUUCAAGACAUGGACUUACCCUUGCACACCUUGAUUUGUAAUGCGGCUGUCAUGGCCCUCCCUGAAAGGCAGGUGACCAAAGAUGGCUAUGAAUUUCAGUUUGAGGUGAACUAUCUGAGUCACUUCCUGCUGGUAAACUUGUUGUUGCCACAGCUGACGGCUGCCGGCUCCAGGGAGGACCCUGCGAGGAUCAUCAAUGUCUCCUCGUCUGCGCACUUUGUUCGCAGUCCACUGGCCUUUGGCGACACCAGUGGUCUCAAUUUGGAAGCUGAUGAGGGGAAGUAUGCCUACUACCCCUGGACAGCAUAUGGACAAUCCAAGCUGGCACAGGUGAUGUUCACCUACGAGUUGGCGCGUCGUUUGUCUUCGUCCAAGCUGCCAGUGGUAGCCAAUGUGCUGGACCCUGGGGUGGUGGAUACCGAGUUGCAGCGAUAUCUUCCAACACCGGCGCCGGCUGCGGUGAUGAAGUUUGCCAAGUCUCCCAGACAAGGAGCAGAGACCUCGGUGCAACUGGCCCUUGGGGACGACAGCAAUGGUGGCUACUGGGUGGAUGGCAAGAAAGCUGAGAGUCUGGGCCGUGGUGCAUCGCCUCUGCCCUUCAACAAGGAGUUGGCUGUGGAAGGGUCCACAUCUUACGAUCCAAAAGCUUGGGAAGCAUUGUGGAAGCGCAGCGCAGAACUUGUUUUGGACAUCGGCGGGGAGCCUGGCUUCCUGGCGGCCGCUCUCUUGUCGCGAGGUGUUCCCGUCACCGUCGUCGACACCUUCUGGCGCCGAAGUGGCAAGCAGAAUCGCCACGCUGAGCUUGAGAUGGAGGCGAAAGGCUUCCCAGAUGGUGCCCGUUUUGAAGCCAUUGCUGCACCCUUUGAUGAGAAUUUCGUAGCAGAGCACCAAGCGCUUGUUGAUAACGCCAGUGCUCUGGUGUCGUUGUAUGGCGAUGAAGCCACAACACCCUGUCUUCAGUAUGCGUCUUCAAGUGGAGUGCCAUCCCUUGUGGUUCCAUGCAAUGAAUGUGUGCGCUUUUUUCCGCCACACCAGAGGAAUUAUGAGGGCUAUGCGCAGGCUCUUCUGGCAGACGCGAAUGCCAAAGGGGGCAGGUUCCAGCGGGCGGUGCUGCAGUGUUCCCCCUUUUCGCGAGUACUUCUCGUGCAACUUCCUAACACGGAGCAGGGGCAACGAACGCGGCAGCAGCUGGACAUGAUGCAGCAACAGCUGUGUCAGCAACAAUUUUUGCACCAGCAGCAGCAGCAGCAACAGCAGCAGCAACAGCAGCAGCAGCCGAUUUGUCAGCAGCAGCUUUGGCGGAACAACCAGCCUCAGCAUUUCCAGCCACAUAUCAAUCAGCACCAGCUUCAACCGAACCAAUUUCAACAGAACCACGUUCAGACAUAUGGGCGACCGCUACAAUCAGUCGGAGAAGUGCAACAGCAACAAAUGCCACCACCGCCGAAGCAGAUGCAGCUACAGCCGUGCGCUGCAGACUGA